UGGCACCUUUCACCCAUCUCGUCUUUAGGUUUAAUUAGUAUCUACUAAUUACAGACGCCUAUGAUUGGUCGAUCUUGAGCAGCGCUGAGAAAAGCAUCAGGUACCGUGUGAAUGCGCCGUCGCCUGAAUGAUGACAGCUAUAAACUGUAUAAAACCCGAAAAUGUACAGUUAGAAAUAUCGUAAGAGAAUGAUCGUUUCCUGGCCGUUAAAUCCCGCCCAUUAUUUUCUUUUAAACGUGCAUAUUAAAUAUCGGUCUGCCAUUCUUUUGUUUUCAAAGAAAAUCAAGUGACGGGCUGCUGUCAUUCUGAGGAAACACUGAAGCACGUGAUUUUCUGUAAUGAGUUUGGAAAGUCAAGUUGGGAACUUCCAGCAGCUGUUUAUCUAGCUGAACUCUCUAUAUAUAUAUGUAGAGUGACACUACUCAUAAUGUGCUCUCUAUCACCGACGAACGGAUGAAGAACAUCACGGAUUUACAGAACUGGUGUUGCGUCAAAGUCUGUUUCCCUUCACAACCCCCAGCCCCGCCCCCAUCCAAACGACGAAGGAAGUGCGCGUUCUCAAAAAGCUCGCCCCCGAGAUGCUGUGCUCGUAUCACUGAGAUCAUGUGAAUCACCAGCUUUCAACAGAAUCUCAGAUAAAAGGGCAAAACAUUCAACCAAUGGACACGUGCUCUUCUCAUAAAUCACCUCCCUCAUGUCCAGUCCAGCACAGGUACUGCAGUGUCAGGUUGUUGCUGAUCGUGAAUUAUGAUUGUCAGUCAACAUGAGCACAAUAUUUAUGGGGCUUCUAAUCCUCAUGCCUCUCUACUUUACAGUGCUCCACACAAUACCUGCUCCAGUUAACUUCAAAAUACUGUCACGCAACUUUGAUCACAUCUUACAAUGGAGCCCUGGCAGAAAUUCACCUCCGCAGACUGUUUACAAUCUUGUAUCAAGGUGGGAGUGUUCAAACAAAAUCUGCAGUUCUGGAAAGCCAACAGUGUGGCUGAACAUCAGAAAUACAACAGUAAAUGUGUCUGGAGUGUUAGAGGAUAUCUACACAUCCUGCACUUUCUUUCUCUGGGCAUCACUGGACAACAUGACAUCAUCCAGGGUUAAUCUCACUAUUAAACCAUAUGAAGAAACCAUCAUCGGUCCACCCACGAUACAUCUGUCUGGCUGUGGGGACUGUCUGAAAAUCAAUAUCUCUCUACCUAAAGGAUCCGGGAAGAAGCAUCAGCUGCUUGAGUUUUAUAAUUCUGUUUCCUUCAAUGUAAGCUGGAAGAAAGCAGGAGAGCAGAAGUCUAACCAGAUCUUUAUAUCGAGUGGCGAGUAUGAACUGCAGCAUCUUCAAGCAGGUGCUCAGUACUGUGUCAGAGUACUUCCACAGAUCAACUUCAAUCGCAACACUCGACCUUCUGCCUGGCAGUGUGAAUACACUAGUAAAGAAGAGCCAAUAGGAGUGAGUUGGCCUUUGGGAGCAGCAGUAUCAGGUCUGUGUGUGCUGGUUCUGGCAGUCGGUCUGGUCUACAAAGUGUCUGUAUGUAAGAUCAAGUCCCCUCUUCCUAAAGCACUGAGUAAUGUAGCACAAGCACACUAUCUGCACCCUGAACAGACAUUAACUGAGUGUGUGUCACUUCCUGAUGAUCAGCUGAUGAGCAAAUCUAAAAAUAAUCCCACCAAAAACAGUCACGCACUGAAUGUUCAGCAAGAUUCACAAGAGGAACAUGGAGAUGAAGAAAAAAAUGCCCACAAGAUGGACACAGAGGAUGAGGAUGACUAUGAUGAUGAAAACGAGGAAGCCAGUUGCACCUACAUGGGUCGCAUAAUUGAUCACAGUGGUUUGAAAAUUAAUAACAGUGAAGAGAACUCUCUUCGUGUCCGUUCUGGAGUGUGUCAUACAGAAGAUGUAGCAGCCCUGGACCUUUGUGUAACCAACCCCUCCCAACAAAAGUGUGAGGAGGAAGCGGUGUUGGAAGUGUCUGCAGAGAGAACCAGACCUCAGACAGUCAAACAGUCUCGGCAACAAACAGAGGAGUGUGCAGAUGCAUCAGGGGAUAGUUCAGGAAAGUCAACUUGUUGAGUGCUCUGGGACCACAGGAAGAUGAGGGAGAGCUGUGUGAACCUCUGAUUCCUAAACCACUGGAAAGUGAAGUACAACAAGACAGAAUCCCUUUGUUGACGAUACGGAUGGCAAAGGAACUUAAAGGAACAUCUGCGUCUGUGCAGUCAGAAAGAAAAAUAGACGUUCUGAUGUCAAUUGGAAGCCAAGGACAUCUUUCUGUAUGUUGUCCUGUCCUGGACGUACAGAAUGAGCUUGACACAGCAUCAGGGUAUAUGGUGACACACUCGGGACACAUGCACAAACAAAAUACUGACUCUUCAGAGGAAAGCGAUUAUUGUGACCAAAGACUAUAUAACAAGAUGAAGACAUACAAUAUUUAUUUAAAGACUUGAACAUGUGUUCAUAUUCAGAAUUUUAAGUGAAUGUGUCUGUGUGAAUGAGAGCUUUUGAAGUUCAGAUCCAUUGUUAAAGGGAAUGAUCACUCUUAAAAUUAAAAUUUUCUCACCCUCAUGUUGUUCUAAACCUGUAUAACUUUGGAACCCAAAAGGAGAUCAGUAAAUGUAUGCAGUGACUGGCAGCCUCAGUCAGCACUUUCAUUGUAUGGAGGGGGAAAAAAUGCAAUAAAAGUGAUUGUGAAUGGUGACUGAGCCUAUAUCAUUUGUGGUAUGUAAGAUGAGGGUGAGUAAAUAACACAAUUUUUUUUUUUUUUUUUCAAAUGAACUGUCCCUUUAAGUAUUGAUAUUGCUUAUACUUGGGAUAAGAGAUAUGAUCAAACACCUAACCCCAUGUAUUAAGCUUCGGCAUGUAACUCAUCCCACACUGUGUUAUGGUAUGAAUGAUACCUCAAAUCAUGCAGCUUAAGUAAGCAACCAUCCAGAACACCAGAACCACCCAGAAAUGUUGCAUAGGAAGGGAACCACUAAAAAAUCUAGUUGUUAUCACAGUGAGAAUGUGCCUCACUCAAAAAAAUUAUCUGAUUUAAAAUAAUCUUAUUAAAUUCUAAUGGCAAAGAAUUUGUAAUAAUAGUAAUAAAUAACACUUCAAGCCAUGAAUAUGAAAUGUAUGGAUAUUGGGCUUCAUUUUGUGAAUAGACAUAGAUACAGUGUUUAUAGAUCUUUGUGUACAAUAAUGUGUAUUUUUAAAAGGGACAUACUGGAAGUAAAAAAACAAAAAUGAGAUAUUCUUGCAAUUGCUGCCGUUUGUUUGUCCUCUUGGUUUAUGACCUCUGAACAAAUUGUGUAAAUGUCUCUGACAGUUUGUGGAAUUUUGUAUAGUGAAAAUGACAAUAAAUCACCUUUAAUACAUUGGUACAA